AUGAAUAUUUCGAUCAAGUAUUUUAAUAAAGAGCAAAGUACCACAGAAGUAGAAGAAACAAUUAAGCGUUUGUCAACUAAUAAACAUGUGCAAGGUGUAAUGAUUGUUAAUGAAGAUGGACAAACAAUUAAAUCAACCUUCGAUGUGAAUUUAUCAAAAAAAUACUCUGAUUUGAUCACUAAACUUAUUGAACAAGCUAAAACUUGUGUUAAAGAUAUGGAUGAAUCGAAUGAUUUAACUUUCUUAUGA